AUGGGGAUUUUCUUCGACAUGCAGACACCUGAGAUAGAGCAAUUGGAUAGGGAGAUUAAAGAAAGAAAAGAGAAGCAGAUUAGGGAGCUUCAAGAGAUGGAAGAGGAGCGGACUAGGAUGGCGGAGUUUUUCGUGCCGGGUACAACAACCUCUCGGGAGGACUUCCAGAAUCCAGAAGAUAUCUACAAGGCUGCCAAACUUGAAGAAAUUGCAAUACCUCGCAAUUCACUUGAUGGAGUCAUUAGUGAUAGAAUUGUGAACCUCACCAACCUUGCAAUUCUUGACCUCCGUGUCAACCAAUUGAGGGGUGUGCUUCCUCUCGAUUUUGGGAAGCUCUCCAAGUUGAAAAUCUUGUACCUUCCUUUGAACAAUUUUGAAGGUUCUCUGCCCCCAUCUUUGAUGAAUUGCACGAACCUUAUACAACUAAGUUUAGGAGGCAAUCAUUUGCAAGGGGAUAUUUCCACGCUUAAUUUCUCAAAACUCAGUCAACUCACUAAACUCGACCUCCUGUCCAAUAACUUGAAUGGCAGUUUGCCAAUGAGCCUUUACUCAUGCAAGUCCCUGAAAGCAAUUCGACUUGGUGCAAACGAUAUAGAGGGACAAAUAGAACCUGAGAUCCUAUCAUUGAAAUCCUUGUCCUUCCUCUCAAUUAGUUACAGUAGAUUGAGAAAUAUCACAAAGGCAAUGAAUAUAUUGAUGCAUUCCAAAAGUCUCACAUUUCUAGCCUUUCAAUUUAGUUAUGUAGCAGACGAGGAAAGUCCAGCUGAUUUCGGCAUAGCUGAUUUUGAUGAUGGGUUCCAAAGGCUCGAAAAUUUGGAGUUGAGUGGUUGGCCAAUUCCAAGUCAACUGGGGAAUCUCCCAAGGCUGUUUAAUGUGGAUUUUAGUUCAAACAGAAUUGGGAAGAUCAAUCAUCAUCCUGAUUUUGAACUGCCUGUAUUGGAUACAACUGAUGGUCUAAUAGGUCAGCCACACGUACAGGUCAUUUUCUUCCUAUCCACCGGCGAUAUACUUGGGACACAACAGCCAGCAUAUAUGGAAGUAUACCUAUUGAAAUCGGCCAAUUGGAUAGUCUCCGUCGCUUGGGGCUUGAGCACAACAACUUCACCGGCCGGCAACAUCCCACGCCAAAUAUCUAACCUCAAGGACUUGAAUUAUUUGGAUCUCUCCGAGAAUCAUUUGUCUGGACAAAUUUCAUCAUCAUUGACUAGUCUGAUCAAUUUUUUGUCAUUUUUCAAUGUCUCCUACAACAAUCUGGAAGGGCGAAUACCAACAGGCACUCAGAUACAAGGCUUUGAUGUAUCUGCGUUUGAAGGGAACGCGAAAGUUUGUGGUUUUCCACUUCCAAAUGAGUGCCAUUCAGUCAAGGGAUUUGAUGAUCAAGAUAUGGACGAUGAGCAUAAAAUUCCAUCGUUUUACUUUUAUAUUCCGGGGGCUGGGAUUGGGUUCAUCGUAGGAUUCUGGGGAGUCACUGGUUCAUUGAUUUUCAAAAAGACAUGGAGAUAUGCAUACUUCAGAUUCCUUGAUAAGGUGCAAGAUAUGUUCUGCGUACUGAUUGUGCUGCGUAUCAACAAGAUGAAGAGAAGGGUUAAUGCUAGCUAG